GCCUUUCGGAAGAAGCACUUCCAGCUACAGCCGGAAGCUCUGCGGCGGGACGGCGCGUGCGAGGAGCAGCCGCGGGGACCACCCGGCUGGGCGCGCGUAGGUGUUCCUUCCUAUAUCUGUGGAUUUGUGUUUUUGUCCCUUCCUGAGAUCUCCUCAUAUUUUGGAUUCUGGCUAUAUUAUAAUGAAUGACACUUUGACAUCAGAUGUUAUUGGUCGAAGAGUUGAUGUUAAUGGAGAACAUGCAACAAUACGUUUUUAUGGCAUCGUCCCUCCUGUGGCAGGACUCUGGUUAGGAGUAGAAUGGGACAAUCCUGAGAGAGGAAAGCAUGAUGGAAGCCACGAAGGGACUGUGUAUUUUAAAUGCAGGCACCCAACAGGAGGAUCCUUUGUUCGUCCAAACAAAGUAAAUUUUGGAGUAGACUUUCUUACUGCAAUUAAGAAGCGCUACGUAUUAGAAGAUGGACCAGAGGAAGAUGGAAAAGAGCAGAUUGUUACCAUUGGAAAUAAACCUGUGGAAACGAUUGGUUUUGACUCUAUUAUCAAACAGCAAAGUCAGCUGAGCAAGUUGCAAGAAAUUUCUUUGAGGAACUGUGCAGUAAGUUGUGCUGGUGACAAAGGAGGCAUUGCCAAAGCGUGUCCUAAUAUUAGAAACGUAGAUGUGUCCAGAAAUCUGCUGUCUUCGUGGGAUGAAGUCAUAGAUAUCGCUGAUCAGCUCACACACCUGGAAGUCCUUAAUCUCAGUGAAAAUAAACUAAGAUUUCCCUCUGAUUCACUAUCUUCAACCGGAAGAUUCACUACACUGAAGGUUUUAGUUCUUAGCCGAACAGGAAUAACAUGGGCCGAGGUACUGCAAUGUGCUGCUGGGUGGCCGGUCCUCGAGGAGCUGUACCUUGAGUCCAACAGUAUUUCCAUUUCAGAAAGGCCGAUUGACAUUCUACAGACCCUCAAGUUAUUAGACCUUUCCUCUAAUCGGCUAAUUGAUGAAAACCAGCUGUUUCUAAUAGCCUAUCUGCCCAGAUUAGAACAACUAAUCCUUUCUGACAUUGGGAUUUCUUCUCUACAUUUUCCAGAUUCUGGAAUUGGGUGCAAAUCAUCAAUGUUUCCUUCCUUGCAGUACCUCGUGCUCAACGACAAUCGGAUAUCACAAUGGUCAUUUAUCAACGAGCUAGAUAAGUUGCCGAGUCUGCAGGCUUUGUCGUGCCUGAGAAACCCCCUGACUGAAGGGAGUGGAGCAGAGACCGCACGCCAGUUCAUCAUCGCCAGAAUCGGGCAGCUGCAGACCCUGAACAAGUGCAAGAUUCUUCCAGAGGAGAGGCGUGGAGCCGAGCUUGAUUACCGAAAAGCAUUUGGAAACGCGUGGAAAAAGGCAGGGGGCCAUCAGGACCCAGCACAGAACAGGCCGAACGAAGAAUUCCUUGCUGCGCACCCCAGAUACCAGUCACUCUGCCUAAGUGCGCACUGGGCCUUUUGGGGGAACCCUGUCCCCGGGGUGUCGCAGGAGGGCCGGGCUUGCUUCUCUCCCUGGGCCACCUCAGCAGAAUACGGUGCACCCGAAGAUGGGGAACUCAAAAUACAACAACCGUUUUUGCUCAAGAACCAGCUACUAACACUGAAAAUAAAAUAUCCUAAUAAACUUGAUGAGAAAGUCAUAGAGAAACAGCUGCCAGACUCCAUGACAAUUCAAAAGGUCAAAGGACUGCUGUCACGUCUUCUCAAAAUUCCUGUGUCAGACCUUCUGCUGUCCUAUGAAAGUCCCAAAAUGCCGGGCAGAGAGAUUGAACUAGAAAAUGACCAACAGUCAUUACAGUUUUAUUCUGUGGAAAAUGGAGAUUGUCUGUUAGUACGAUGGUAACACCUAACUAAUAAAACUCAGACUAGAUUGUGUAUUGUGACUGGGUUCAUUAGACAAAUGAUUUAUUGGAACAAUUCUACUCUCAAAAGAAAAGCUUUUAUAACUUGCCUAAGUAUAGAAAAGACCGUACUUUUCAUUGCAAGUGACCAUUUCUACGCUUGUAUAUAAUAGCAAUAAAGGUUUUGCACCUACUAAUGAUUUUAUUUCACAUUUAUUUUAUAGCUCAUGACUGUACUUCAUUGUGUGAUUUUUAUAUCAGAUAUAAAAUCUGAACACAGUUAAUGUCUAUCAUAAGACCAGCUUUAAUGGAAUUCUCUAUUGAUACUACUAGUUUAAAAGGUUACUAAAAUGAUUUGGUUGGUCAUUUGGGGAAAUGUCCCUUAAACUUCGGGAUGCAUACCCCCUACUAUAUGAAGUAUGUGUUAUGAUCUCUCUUCUCAACUGUACUAUUUUUAGAGUACUCACAAAAAUUAAUUACAUGCUUUUCCCUACACCUAAAAGAUUAGCAGCUCUGAUCGAAAUUCGCUUACAUUAGGCAAUGACAGGAAGAAAGCAAAAUUCUUUCAAAGUGUCAAGUAUUUAGAAAUAUCUUUCCCAAUGUCACUAAAACCCUGAGAGGUAUCUGACUUAUAUUUACAAAAAUUUAGCUUUUUUUUUUUUUUU